AUGUCGUCUUCAACUGAAAAUACUCAUUGUCCUGGUAUUGAUUACCUUAUAAUUAUUAAUCUUGAAGCUACGAUCUCUGAAGAAAUAUCACAAUCUACUAUACAAGUAACGAAGGCCUCACAGUCACAACGUAAAAGUUUUUGUAAGGAAACGGCAGAAAUUAUUGAAUUUGCAUGGGCAAUAGUAGAUACAAAAAAUUUUGAAGUGGUAUACCAACAUUCACAAUAUGUAAAACCUAAAGUUACUCUAUUAACAACCUUUUGCACCACUCUUACAAACAUAACUUGGGAUCAACUUGAAUUCGCUGGAAAUUUAAAGGAUGCAAUUGAUGCGUUAGACGAUUAUAUUCAGAACAAAAUACUUGCUGAAAAUAAAACCUUUUGUUUUUGUACACAUGGAGCUUGGGAUUUAAGGAUCCAAUUACCAAGAGAAGCAAAAGAUAAAGAAAUCGAACUGUCAAGUUAUUUAACACAUUGUAGAAUGUUUGAUUUAAAGCAAGAAUAUCAAAGAUGGCACGUUCAUCAUCCAGAUAUGACGCUAAAAACUCUUUCAUUGCAAGAAAUGAGUUCAACUUUUGAUUUAAUAAUAGUGGAAAUUCAUGAAUCAGGAUUGAAUGAUGUUUUAACCAUGGUCAACGUUGUCAGAUAUUUUUGUUCUUUUGGUCAUCAUGAUGUUUUCGUUAAUCCAAUAGAUACAAGUGCAGACUUGAAUCAGUUUAAAAAAGAACAGUCUAAAGUAAUCCAUUUAGCAGGCUUACCACACGAUGUUACACAACCUGAAUUAGAAGCAUGGUUUUCGGGUCAAGGUGUAAGACCUACAACAUUGUCGAUGAUUAAACCACCUGAUAAUCAAAAAUCAAGUGGAAUUGGGUUUGCAAUUUUCGCUACUCAUGAAGAUUCUAUGGCUUGUUUGGAUAUGAAUGGUAGAACGUUAGGUGAUCGAGUUAUAGAAGUUAGUCCAAGUAGCGAAAGAAUAAUCGAAGCUGCUGGAUCAAUGUUAUCACCGUUUCAGAUGAUAAAAAAUCAUGUUCGUCCAGGUGAUUGGAUAUGUUCAAUAUGUCAAUUUCAUAAUUUUUCUUCAAGGAGAACAUGUUUCAAGUGCAAUACCAUCAAUCCGAAUCCUCUUCCCGUGGUGCAACAAGUACCACAUAAUUUUACACAAGGCGAUUGGAUGUGUCCAAAUUUACCAUGCAGUUUUCAUAACUAUGCAUCACGCACUCAAUGUUUAAGAUGUGGAACCUAUAAACCUAGUGGUAAUGGUAUAUCUUUUAGACCAGGCGAUUGGAUUUGCCCAAAUCCAAAUUGUAUUUUUCAGAAUUUUGCAUCAAGAACUCAAUGCAUGAGAUGUGGAACAUCAAAUCAUUCAGGUUAUGAUACAUAUGGGAAUUUAACGUCAUCAAUAAUAGAACAACAACAGGGAGGUGGUUUAUAUGGUACAACUAAUGUUAUGGGCGAUUGGUAUUGUCCAUCUUGCAACUCACACAACUUUGCAUCACGUUUUCAGUGUAUUCGUUGUAGUUUACCUAAACCACCUAAUGCUAUAAAUAACAUUGCAUCAAUAGUUAAUAUGAAACCUGGAGAUUGGUUAUGUGGUAAUGAUAUGUGCGGCUAUCAUAAUUUUGCAAAAAGAACACAGUGUGCAAAAUGUGUCAUAAAAAUAUUAUCAUCAAAUACUGUUUUAAGGGCAGCUGCAUUUAAAGCUGUUGAAAUAUCACUUGUUUUGCCAUUAGAUGAGUUGGAAUACCUGCUACCAGAACCACUUUUUAGAACAAGUGGAUAUUCUUGGGAUUAUCAAAAAUCAAAUGAAUUGAGGGAACUGUUAAGAACAACCAUAACUGAAUACUACAAAAAUUACACAAAACAGCAACUGGAUAAAAGCACCACACCACUAUUUUUUAUGAUUGCUGGUGCAGGAGAAGGAAAAUCUAGGAAUGCAAAUGAGUUACCAAAUAUAUUGCAUGAAGAGUUUGCUUCCCAUGAAGAACUGAAAAAACGAUUUGAAAAUGCAUUAGUAUUUAACAUCUCUUUUGAAAAUGGCACUAAAAUAGACCUAUUAGAAGAAUGUAAUGCUGUAACUGCCAUUGCAAAACGAAUGCUUUUUCAGCUAGAAAAACAUAAAGGUGGCUGGAUGGAAGCACUUCGAAAAUAUCCAGAUGUAUCACCAGAUGAAGUAGUGUCAAAGAUUGCUAAACAUCAAAAUGUCCAACCUAAGGAUUUGACCAUCAUUAUUGUGAUUGAUGGGAUGCAAGCAGCAAUUCACCAGGAAGAUAAUGGAGUAAAUAAAUCAUCACUAUUCUAUUCAUGUAUGACAGUUUUGAAUAACUUUGCUGCAUCAGGACCAUUUGUGAUAGGAUGUUCCACAGCAACACUUAGCAGACCUUUUCAUGUUUUUGUGAGUGCUUCACAUCAAAAGCGAGUGUUUUUACCAAUACCAUCUUUAUCACCACCAAAAAGACAAUGA